AUGUUUAGAUAUAAUGGAUCAUACGUGGAUGUCUGCAACUACUGUGACCUUGACCCCAGAUACACAUCACCGCCCGCAUCGUCAUCCAGCAGCAAAGUGCCAUCGUACAUCUUCUACGUCAUACCAAUCGUCGCCAUCUUUGUCAUUGCAGUGGCCGCCAGCUUAUACCGCGCGCUGAUGACACAACAAUCAGUGGCACCUUCAUUUGGCAAUGGAUACGACUAUCAGCCCAAUCAGCUACAGGGCAUGCCUGCGGCCUAUCCCGGAGCAUACCCACAACCCGGUGGCGUGUACCCACCUGGUACUUACGGAGCGCCAGCAUACCCAUACGCUCAGCCACCAGCCAUCGCCUCAGCGCCACCCAUCCAACAGGCGCCAUACUAG